AUGUCGGCGCGUCUGAAGCGUGAGAAAGAGGAGAUUGAAUGCGCUUGCGAGCAUCGCCGUUCAGCUGGUCAAGUCUUCAAUUUAUUUGACGACACUAUCGAGUCAUUUUGGUACCCGCCCGGUGGUCAUACCCCGACCAGCCGCUACUCGGUCAUCUCCAGGGCCAGCACCUCGUCUUCGUCAGGCUUGGACUACUAUUCCCACACCUCUCCACAACACCUUUCAUCGCAAGUUACAGGGCAUCGUCGUCUCUCCUCAGGUGCCGGUCACACCCAUGAUCAACUGACAGCCCAAGUACAAUCUCGAGCCUCACUGCACCGCAACCCGGUCCCACCUCCGUCCCACCCCCAGCAAGCCAGUGUAGUCACCGAGAAAGCUCACCUGUCGUCCCCACUGUCCAUCAAAGAAAGGACCACCAGCUCUGCUUCCGCUGCCGGCUCUGUCUCUCCUUCAUCCGUCCAGGGAGUGGGCUCUCCGCGGUCGUUGACCAGUCAUUCUAACAGAUCGGUGGUGGAAGACGACGACGACGAAGACGACGACGAUAGUGGGGGCUACUUUGACGACGACUACGAGCAUCAAUUUACGAAUGGCAGCGGUCUUGGAACGCCCCUCCAUAAUCGGCUACUGAGCGAGCCGUUCAUCCCGAUUCUGAAUUCACCACCCCCGCCUCAACGUCGGGUGACGAGCAUGGCGUUACAUGGCCCCCUCAGUCAAAAACACCCCAUGAAGAUCGAUCUCGACCAGCGGUCCAUGUCCAUGCCCCUUAGCCAAACCGAUCCUCGACAGCCCAAAACCCCCGGCAACAAGAUUAGCUCAUUCUUUGGCUGGAAAGCGGCUGCUCCUAGCUCCCCGGGAGCAGAGUCCUCCAGCACCGAGAUUUCGGACGGUGGACGAUCCCCGAUGCCUUCCCCAAUGCCUCCAUUGGCAAAUGUUCCCGUGAGGCCGCCAUCGUACGAUGUCAAGGCGCCCGGGUUUGGUCCUCCGGUACGAACGCCGUCGGUGGGGACGCUGAGUGCUCAUGAAGCGGUGUUUGCGUCGAAGCUCGCCGACCUCGAAAAUGAACUGCGCGAGGUCAGCUCCGAGCUAGCGGGGUCCAUCCGCCGGGAAAUGGAACUGGAAGACCUAAUCGAGCGUUUGCAAACCGAAGGACCAGAAGUCAAUCGCCGGACGAGUGACUACUUCUCCGAUUCGGGUACGAGCUCUGUCCGUUACGGCCCUGAUCGUCAAGAGGAUAUGGAGAAAGCUCGCCGCGCUGCAGAGCAAGAAAGAGCCCAACUGAAGGCGGACUUUUCGCUCAGACUCCAAGAAGAACGAAUCCAACGGACCGCCUCCGAGUCUCAUGUGCAAAUACUGGAAAAUCAAGUGCAACAGCUCCGUCGAGAACGAACAGAUCUGUCUGACCUAUCUUCAAAAUCAAAAGAGCUGGAAAGCGCUCUAGAUAACGCGCGACGAAAGCUUCUUGAAGAGCGACAGUCGAAGGACAACUUUGAAGACUUACUUACCGCGAUGCGUGUGGAACUUGAACAGUUGCGGAAUGAGAGGGACAUUCUCCGUGACGGCCAGGGGCCUGCCUCUGCAAAAAUGCAGCAAUUGACCGAACAAAUCGAUGCACUGAUGGCGGAAAAUGCCUCACUAGCUAUGCAACUGAACAACGACCGGGAGGCGACCCAGGACAGCGCAUCCGCCGCCGAGCUAGAGCGACUCAGCGACGAGAUCGCGACGCUGAGGGCAGAGAACUCAUCAUUGGCACAGAGGCUGCGCGCGGAGCAGGAAGCCCAUCAUGAUGCUCUAUCCGAUGCCGCCCAGAUUGAUCGACUAAUGGCGGAGGUGGAAAAAUUGAAGAGCGAAAACGAUGCUCUAGUGCAACAAUUGCAACAUGACCGUGAAGUUGGGGUUGCUGACGCCUCGGCCGCGCUCGAGACGGAGCGACUCGUCGCACAUAUUGAGACUUUGACGCGCGAGAACGCUACCCUGCUUGAACAACUGCGACAAGAGAGAGAAGUACGUGAUGAGAGUAUGACGACCGUCGACGAGACACGGAGACUGAUGGCAGGCAUGGAAGCUCUCCAAUCUGAGAACGCCCUGCUAGCCCAACAAUUGCAAAACGAACGUGGCACUGCGCGGGAGGAAAGCGCGCCGUCCACUGCCGGUAUGCAGCGGUACAUCGAGGAGAUCGAAGCCUUGAAAAAUGAGAAUGCCUCGUUGGCACAAUUGCAAGGUGGAAGAUUCGCUUCUAUUGCAGAAGAGGACAGCUUCCAAAUGAAGCGCCAUUCGACGUUUGGUCUAUCGAGAUCUAAUUCCCUUGCGCGUAAACCUGCAACUGGGUUGGCUCGCUCAGGCUCACUGUCCCGUUCUAAUUCGGUCUCUGCACCCAAGGAACGAGAAACACGCGAGUCACUUGUCGACAAGGUCAAGGACAUCGAAGCUCAACGUGACGCACUGCACCGCACACUAAAGAGUCUCUUGAGUCGACAAACAUUCCAAGAGCGUGAGUUCAUGAAGCAAACUCGUCUCCUUGAAGCUGAACUCGAGCGGGCUCGAGAAACUGCCCCAUCACGAAAGGUGGGCUAUGAGAGAGAAGUGCGCACUCUGCGGGACGAGGUGUCCACUCUCCGAGCACGCGCGGAAGAUGCACUGGACGGGAAAUGGCAGUGCGAGAAGAAUCUGGCUGGCCUAAAAAUGGACCUGGACCGUGCCAAACAAGAGACUGGUUCUCUUCGGGCCUUGCUUCAAGAGCACGACACGCCAGCGUCAGAGCAUGCUGAAAUUCAGCAAGGCAGCUUUGACGAGGUGAUGGCGACAUCAUCGUCUUUGGAGUUGGCAUGGCGCCAACUUCAGGUUGGGCGCCAACAGGUCGGGACGGGAAGUGAAGCUGCUUCCUCGGAGCUGACUGAUGCUCGGGAACAUGAACUUGCCAAACACGUCGAGAAUCAACUGCAAACCAACCAUUCUCUGCGGAGUCGUCUGGCCGCUGCUAUAGACAAGGGCGAGCGCGAUCAACGAGUCUCCGUCGAGCGUAUCAAUAUACUCCAGAAUCGGAUGAGAGUUUUAGAAGAGAAUCUUCUCAAUGCCCAAAACCACUCCGAAGAGGAACUCGGCAAGCAUGAGGAAGAAGUUCGUCUGCUCAAGGAGAACCACAAUGCCCACCUCCAUCGCAUGAAGACCGGUAGUCGCACGCCUGUUGCACUUUCGCCACGACCACCAAAUGCUCCGUUCUCCAUCCGCAUACCUCGUCUAGAUAAGACUACCAGCGGAGAAGGUGUUCCUCUGGCCAGUGUUGUACAGGCGGAAGAACUGGAGAAACAUGUGAAGGCUCUCGAAAGGGCUGUCUACGAAGUCGACAUGGAGAUGGAAGAAGUCGUGGGACGAAUGAACCGUGCCCAGGUUGAUGUGGCGCAGCUGCAAUCUGACAGGUAG